AUGGCAAAACCUGUUGGCUCCUAUUGUCUCCUCUCAUGUCUCUUUGUCUUGCUUGUGAGUUUUGCCUCAGCAGCCAAAUAUGAUCAAGACAAACAGGUGUAUAUAGUAUACAUGGGUGCACUUCCUGCUCGUGUUGACUACAUGCCAAUGUCCCAUCACACGAGUAUUCUUCAACAGGUCACCGGAGAGAGUUCGAUCGAGAAUCGAUUGGUUAGGAGUUAUAAAAGGAGUUUCAACGGUUUCGCGGCUCGAUUAACCGAAUCCGAAAGAGAGAUACUAGCAAGUAUGGAAGAAGUUGUGUCUGUGUUUCCAAGCAAGAAACUGAUGCUCCAAACAACGAGGUCUUGGGAUUUCAUGGGCCUUAAGGAAGGUAAAAAGACGAAACGGAAACCUAGCAUCGAGAGCAAUACGAUCAUCGGAGUCAUCGAUAGUGGAAUCUACCCUGAAUCGGACAGCUUCAAUGGCAAAGGCUUUGGUCCUCCUCCUAAGAAAUGGAAAGGUGUUUGCGAAGGCGGCAAAAACUUCUCUUGCAACAACAAACUUAUUGGAGUAAGGUACUACACACCAAAAUUGGAGGGGCUUCCUCAUUCAGCGAGGGACAACAUGGGACAUGGAUCGCACACAGCGUCCACUGCGGCUGGAAACACUGUGAAGGACGUUAGCUUUUACGGACUCGGCAACGGAACCGUGAGAGGUGGCGUUCCAGCCGCAAGAAUAGCGGUUUACAAAGUAUGUGAACCGGGUAUCUUUGGGUGCACCGGUGACGGAAUGCUAUCUGCAUACGAUGAUGCGAUAGCGGAUGGCGUGGACAUCAUCACAAUCUCCAUCGGUGGAGAUUCUAGUUCGCCGUUCGAGGUGGACCCAACCGCGAUCGGGGCUUUCCAUGCCAUGGCUAAGGGUAUCCUUACAGUGAAUUCCGCUGGAAACAGUGGACCAGAACGAAGCACGGUCACAAGUGUUGCGCCGUGGAUCUUGACAGUUGCUGCUAGUAAUACGAACCGUGCGUUCGUCACCAAAGUUGUUCUUGGAGACGGCAAGACAGUUGUCGGAAGAUCAGUAAAUACGUUUGAUCUUAACGGAACAAAGUACCCUCUGGUGUACGGAAGAUCAGCUUCAACUAGUUGCGGUGCUGCUUCCGCCGGGUUCUGCUCACCAGGGUGUCUAGACAGUAAACUUGUGAAAGGAAAGAUUGUGUUAUGCGAUUUCGAGCUAAACACCGAUGAAGCUCAAUCUAUGGGAGCCGUCGCAUCCAUCACUAAGAGCAGCAGAGUAGACUUCGCCUCUGUCUUCUCUUUCCCAGUCUCUGCUCUAUCAGAAGACGACUAUAACACUGUCCUCUCAUAUAUGAACUCCACAAAAAACCCCAAAGCGACUGUUCUGAAAAGUGACACGAUCUUUAAGCAGACAGCUCCCGUCACUGCUACCUACUCUUCUCGUGGUCCAAACGCAAUCAUUCCUGAUAUUUUGAAGCCGGAUAUUACAGCGCCGGGAUCAGAGAUCCUGGCUGCUUAUUCUCCUGAUGCUCCCCCGAGUCAAUCAGACACAAGACAUGUAAAGUACUCUGUUGCUACGGGAACCUCAAUGGCUUGUCCGCACAUUGCUGGUGUAGCCGCCUACAUAAAAACGUUUCACCCUCGCUGGUCUCCUUCCAUGAUCAAAUCCGCCAUUAUGACUACCGCUUGGUCAAUGAAUGCAUCUACUUCUCCGUUCAACGAGAUGGCAGAGUUUGCUUAUGGAGCAGGCCAUGUCGAUCCGAUAACCGCUAUUCAUCCUGGACUUGUCUAUGAAGCUAAUAAACACGACCACAUUGCCUUUCUCUGCGGCUUAAACUACACUGGAAAGAACUUUAGACUCAUCUCUGGUGAUAGCAGCAGUUGCACUAAGGAACAAACUAAAUCGCUACCCCGAAACCUAAACUAUCCUUCCAUGACUGCUCAAGUCUCGGCGACAAAACCAUUCAAAGUGACUUUCCGUAGGACAGUCACAAACGUUGGUAUGCCAAACACUACCUACAAAGCAAAGGUAGUCGGAGAUAAUCUCAAAGUCAAGGUUGUUCCCAGCGUCUUGUUUUUCAAGUCGGUAUACGAGAAGAAGUCUUUCACCGUGACUGUUUCAGGCAAUGGUCCGGAAGCUGAUAAACUUAUGUCUGCACAUCUGAUAUGGUCUGAUGGUGUUCAUUCUGUGAGAAGCCCCAUGGUGAUUUAUGCUGCAAACUGA